CCUAGGAGAGAAGCAAAGAGAGAGAGAGGGGGAGAGGGGGGAGAGGAAGCGGGAGCUAGAGUCAGAGAGUGAUAGUUCGUGAGUGGGAAAAGAAGAGGAGGUUGGGAGGGAAGACAUUGAGAUCUAACGGGAGGCGAACGAAUGGCGAGGAGAACGGAGGAAGAGUACGACUACUUGUUCAAGGUUGUCCUCAUCGGAGAUUCCGGCGUGGGUAAGUCCAAUCUCCUCUCCCGCUUUACGCGCAACGAGUUUUGCCUCGAGUCCAAGUCAACCAUCGGCGUUGAGUUUGCCACGCGUACCCUCCAGGUGGAAGGCAGAAUAAUUAAGGCACAAAUAUGGGAUACAGCCGGACAGGAGCGAUACCGGGCUAUUACAAGCGCCUACUAUCGGGGAGCUCUCGGCGCUCUUCUCGUUUACGAUGUGACCAAGCCCACGAGCUUUGAGAACAUCAGCCGGUGGCUCAAGGAGCUUCGCGAUCACGCCGACUCCAACAUCGUAAUCAUGCUUGUUGGCAACAAGACUGACCUCAAACACCUUCGGGCGGUGGCCUCUGAGGAUGCGCAGAGCUUUGCGGAGAAGGAAGGCCUUUCUUUCAUCGAAACCUCAGCACUCGAAGCCAUAAAUGUGGAAAAAGCUUUCCAGAUGAUUUUGGGAGAAAUAUAUAGAAUCAUUAGUAAGAAGACAUUGGCCUCUUCAGAACCUGGGCCUGGUCCAGCCGGAGGGAUCAAAGAAGGGAAGACUGUGUUGGUGUCAGGAUCAGAGGCAAAUAAUACAAAGAAGCAAUGCUGCUCUGCUUGAGUAAUAUUUAUUCUUCAUGCUUGCUUAAAGCUUCGGGUGCAGCGUAGUCAUGUAUGUUUAAUCAUUUGAUAUUCGUAAUGAACUUUCAGUGUGCUAUGUUUAUUUGAUUUUCUGUAAAUUUCCUUUUUGAGGUGCAGGUGUCAGAUAUGCAUUCUCCUUGAACUUGAGGGUAGCUAUACUAUACUGGAUUUUUGUGUAAGAUUCCUUCAAUUGUCUUUGUAUUCUAACAAGCGAAAGGAAUAUAUAUCUGUACUUUUCUACCUAGGCUUCAUUGCUCUUA